GUACGGCAUCCUGCUUGGCUUGUCGGGCGACAGCACGCAGGUUGUUGCGGCAAGGAGUGCAUCACUUGCUUGCCUGGGUCCUGCGGCUGAUGUGCCAUCGCGGGAUCUCUUUCCAACGCUCGGGCUCUCUGUGCCCGUCCAGGGGCUGUCGGACAUGGCAGCCGACCUCAGCUCGGUCCUCUCCUUCGACUUCGCCCCUCUUCUGACCCAGUACCAGACACUCAAUGCACAGGCACAGAGCUCGGCAUCCACGUUCACUCCAACCCCGGCCGAUGCGACUUCGCAAGUGUACACCUGCUACACGUGGAUUUCGCUCGCCCAGGCUCCGACCAGCACGUCCUGCGAUUUGCCAACGUUCCAGGCGAACAUGCAGACUCUGGCUCAGCUGGCUCUCCAAUCCGGGCAAGAUGUUUCUGCCGCACUUGGGAUCAUCAGGCAACCUCAAAGUACGUGGCAAAGCACUUUGUCCGACAUGCAGGCGUUGACCGCCCACCCGAGCCUUGCAGCAUUGCAAAGCGGGAUGGACUGUGCAGAGGUCUUUGACGCCUGGCAAGUGGCCAACGAUCAGGCUUGUGCUGGGUUGGCCGACACCUUUUCCACCAGCGGAUUUGUGUGGUUGCUUGCUGGC